AUGGCAAGACUGUUAUACGAUGAUCUAUCAACUUGGUGGUCAGACCUCAAGAAGAUAGUUGUUGCCAUCACUUCUUCUGUAUACACUCUCAUCCCGCGUACUGAUCUUUCCACUCAGGAGCACGUGAAUUGGGUCGAAGCAGCUGCUGCAGACUUGCUGGAUAAGUCUAAAUAUUUGCGUGACGGGAAGGAUGAAUUGGGGAAGACUAAAAAUUUUGCUCACCCUGGACUUCGCAAAGCUGCCAUUCUUUUCUUCUACGUAGGGUCUUAUCACAUCACUCAUAGGCGACCAGACAUCUUUUGCAAGCAGAUACCACUCAAUUGUUUAGCUCUCGUCGCUACAGUGGUAUCAUCUCAAUAUUAA